AUGCGUGUCGCCUUCAUUUUGAAGCUUGCAAUGACGAUAGCGACGCAGAGGAAUUCGCAAUUGUUCGAUGUGUUCAGCGUCAUGGCUGAGCUUGUGCGACACGCCUUCGAAGGGACGCCGGGCGGGGGGAUGGACAGUGGGACGUUCACAUCACCCGCGGGCGUUCGCGAACUUCUCCUCCGGCGGCCUUUGGGGAUGGGACCUUGGAGGCCCGCGGAGCCAAAGGCCGUGCCCUUCCCCGCCGAGUCGCAGCAGGGCGGCUUGGCGCGGCGGAUCUCGGAGCACGAGCUGCUUUGGCUCCGGCGGAAGGUUCUCGUGCCCGGCUGGUCACGGGUGCUCCUGCACCUCCAGGGCUGCGACUGGGAGUGCGGGGUCUUUGUGGACGGCAAGCUGCUGGGGGAGCACCGUGGCGCCUACGAGCCCUUCAGCUUCGAGCUGCCAACAGGGGCCGAAGUGGAGAUUGUCAUCCGGGUCUGGGACCCCUCUGAUAGCGGCUGCGAAUAUAUGGUGGAUUCCCCUGCCCGCUGCGACCGCUGUUGCCGCAGUGGCUGGCAGCCCAGGGGCAAGCAGGCGCUGCAGCCGGGGUUCAUCAUGUACUCUGCAGCGACAGGCCCUUGGCAGAGUAUAUGGCUAGAGGAAGUUGCCAGCAGCUGCGUCCUGCAGGCAGCUGAUGCCCAGCUCAUGGGCAGCAAGGCCUUGCGCAUUCAGGCGCAGCUCGCCGGCGAUUGCCAGGCGGCCACGCUUGCGGCGACCCUGUUCCUCAGAGGCGAGGCUCUGGCGAAAGCCACGGGCAGCAGCUUCGUGGAUCUGGCGGCCGACAUUGAGCUCUGGAGCCCCCAGCAGCCCACGCUCUACGUGGCGGAGCUGGCCUUGUGUCGGCGGUCUGCCUGCGAUGAGGCAACCUUUCGCUUUGGCCUACGCUGGCUUUCGAAGUCCCACGGCCAAGGGCAGGAGGAAGUGGCAUUGCUGCUGAACGGGGAGGCGCUGCUGCAGAAUGGUGUUCUGUAUCAGGGCUACUGGCCACAGUCACUAAUUGCGCCUCCUGGACCCGAGGCACUGCGGUCCGAGCUUAAGGAGAUCAAGAGGUUGGGCUUCAACCUGGUCCGUGUACACGCCACAGUCUUGCCGGCGCUUUUCUACUACAUUUGUGACGAAGAGGGCCUGCUGGUUUGGCAAGACUUCCCCGCUGGGGAUGGCCGGGCAUUGCCCCUCUGGGACUCUGCCCGGGGCAUGGAACAGACUGCCAGCCCGCUCGAGCUGGAUGAGAUCCAGCGCACGCCUGAGUCGGCCGAGAAUUUCUGGCAGGAGCUCCAGGCCACGAUCUCGUGGCUCAAAAGCUUCGCCUGCAUCGUGUGCUGGAUUCCUUUCAAUGAAGGCUGGGGCCAGUUCCGAUCAAUGGAAUCAGUGCAGUGGCUGCGACAAUUCGGGGGCGACCGUUGGAUCAACAUGGCCAGCGGCUGGAAUGACGUUGCGGACCUCUUUCCAGGAAUGGACGGCGGCGACAUCGUGGAUGCCCACAACUACGAGGUUCCACCGUAUGAUGGCUUGCGCAGCACCUUCACCCAGUGGCCGCUGCCUUUGGCGGGCCGCGCCCUUGCGCUGGGCGAAUAUGGUGGCCUCGGCUUCCCCCUGGAGGGCCAUGAGUGGUUGCCAGAGACAUCGUGGGCAUACGGGAACGUCAGCUUGACAGCCGAGGACUUCGGGCGGCAGCUGCUGGCCUUGGGCUCUCGCCUCGCGGAGCUGCUGUGCGAGAGCCGGAUCUCCACGCUGGUUUACACACAGUGGAAUGACAUCGAGGAGGAGGUGAACGGCCUCGUGACCUACGACCGCGUGGCAAAGUUGCCGCGGAACCCCGACUGCAAACAAUGA